AUGUCGGGUAUGGAGGUGAUAGAGAUCCACAGCAAAAGCUAUCUUGUGCGCUGGAUCAAUGCGAAACCCGAUCAUACCAUCUCCUACACCGUGCAACCGCACAAGAAGUCUAUCAACUUCGGGAUCUUCAAACACCCCGGCCAUGCACCCUCGAUUGCAUCCCAGGCCUCAAAUUUCGCCGUCUUCCCUCCGCCGUCGCCGAGUCUGGCCGCGUCUGAAGAUGAGACUCGCUCCGAGAAUGCACCAUCCGUGGUCAUCGACAAGCUGAAGAGCAUUGGGCUGAAGCAGGUCGCAUGGAUCGGGAAAUGCGAGGCAGACAAGUUUACCCAGGGCAAAUAUGAUGUACCCAUGGGAGAGUCAGGAAACUAUGCCUUGGUUUUUGACAAUACCUUCUCUAAGAGUAUUUCGAAACAAGCCACUGUGUUUCUGCUUACAUAUCCGACAACGUUAGCAUCGCAGAUCCAGUAUGGCGCUCAGAUGCAUCAUUCACAGGCCAUGGCUGGGGCUGUGGCUAUAGCCAAUGCUCAGUCCGGUGGCCGCAGCCCCAAGCUGCGUCCCUUUGCGAAAGGUUCGGUGGAGACGCUGAGGAGAGCGUCACAACCCACGCUUGCCCCUCCAUCGGAAAGCGGCAUGAGUAUUGAGGAGCCGGCGUCUAUACAUACAGGACUUUUGCAGAAGCGUCGAAGGAAGAAGCACCAAGGAUUUGCUAGGCGAUUCUUCUGCCUCGACUAUACUUCGUCUACCCUCUCGUAUUACCAUGACCGCAACUCGUCUGCUCUCAGAGGCGCCAUUCCUCUCUCGCUGGCGGCUAUCGGCGCAAAUCACAAAACACGCGAGAUCUCCAUUGACUCGGGAGCGGAAAUUUGGCAUCUUAAAGCUAACAACGAGGCUGAUUUUCAAGCAUGGAAGUCGGCUUUAGAGCGAGCAUCUAGAAACUUGAUCGAAGCUACCACGCCCGCAGACGGUCUAAGGUUGAGCGUGGACUUUGCGUCAGGUCAAGCCAGUGCAUUAGAGGCACAAGAAUGGGUCCAAUUGGAAACACUUCUCGGCCGGAUAUCUGGAACACGAGAUGCAGUGCGCAGACUGUGUCAAGAUGUGUCAGGCUCACAACAUUCCUCAUCGUCACCCUCGAUCACGCCAACUGACGGCCAAGCUGCAGACUAUUUCACCACAGGUGAAGAGAGGCGGCCCUUCUGGAAGCGCAAGGUAAGCUCAAACAACGAGCGUGCCAACAUCUUCAAGCGCAGCGUGUCCGCCCAGCUCGCAGUACCAAUGCCAGGAGCCGAGCCAGUUCUGCGCAACUCUUCGCCGGGUGCGUCUUCUCGGGGGCAUCGGCACGAAGAAGGCAUGUACGAUCAUUGCAGGGCGUUACUGAAGGAUCUCGAUUCCGUGGUCAAAGAAUUCUCGACGGUUAUGAAUGAGAGCAAACUUCGACGGACUGGCCCACCCAAGUCCGCAGUCUCGCGAUUGAGCAUGCAAUCUGUGGAGUCGCAAGAGUACUUUGAUGCUGAAAGCGCUCCUCAGCUGCUCGACUUGCACAGCGACAGCGAGCAAGAAGCAUCCACAAGUGCAGAUGGCAUUGAUGGAGAUUCAGAGGCCAGCAGUGAUUUCGGCGACGAAGCCUCUUUUCUGCCGGCUAAUAGAGGUGCAAGAUCGGGAAGCCUGUCAUCGUUUCUGCCGCCAAAAUCCAAGAGUCUGCAGCCACUUCCUAUGGGGCGGAUCUCGCGUCGCUCAAACGUCCCCGCCCCUACCAUUAUGCCACCCAGCCUCAUUGGCUUCCUCCGCAAGAACGUGGGCAAGGACCUGUCGACCAUAGCAAUGCCGGUCUCGGCAAACGAGCCUACAUCGCUCCUGCAGCGAGCCGCUGAACAGCUCGAGUACUCGGAAUUGCUGGAUCAAGCGGCUAAAGCGGAGAAGUCAUCGGAGCAGCUAAUGUAUGUCGCGGCAUUCGCGCUCUCCUCGUUGUCCAAUUCGCGUGUCAAAGAACGGUCUAUACGCAAGCCGUUCAACCCAAUGCUGGGAGAGACCUACGAGCUUGUUCGAGAAGACAAGGGGUUUCGAUUUGUUGCAGAAAAGGUAUCCCAUCGGCCGGUGCAGUUGGCAUUCCAUGCAGAGUCGCCGGAAUGGACCCUGACUCAGUCACCGAAGCCGCUCCAGAAGUUUUGGGGUAAGUCAUCCGAAAUCAACCAGGAGGGCAAGGCUCGCCUGUAUUUCUAUGGUUCGGGCAGUAGCUACAGCUGGACGGCAGCGACGUGCUUCCUGCGUAACAUCAUCGCUGGAGAGAAAUAUGUGGAGCCUGUGGGGACCAUGUCAGUUGUCAAUGAAACGAAUGGACAGAAAGCGGUUGCAACGUUCAAGGCCAAGGGCAUGUUCUCGGGGCGCAGCGAUGAAGUCGAAGUGGAGCUUGUUGAUGAGCAUGGAUCGGCUAUGUCGGUGAGCGUUGAGGGGACUUGGACUGAAGCGUUGAAGCGCAAAGACAAUAAGCAGGUGAUAUGGAAAGCCGGCCAGCUGGUUGACCAUGCGCCCAAGCAUUACGGUCUGACUGCAUUUGCAGCGACCUUGAACGAGGUUACGGAACUUGAACGCGGGAAGAUACCCAUCACAGACAGCCGGCUGCGGCCAGAUCAGCAAGAGCUGGAACGAGGCAAUCAUGAUGCAGCGGAGAAGCUGAAGAACGAUCUAGAGGAGGCCCAACGAGCCCGACGCCGAGACAUGGAUUCAGCUGGAGAAGAAUGGAAGCCACGAUGGUUCACCCGGGUCGAGCACGGCGACGAAGUAGUGUGGAAAUUGAAGUCUGGCAAAGACGGAUAUUGGGAGGAGCGCGCCAAGGGCCAGUGGACAAGCGUUGUCGACGUCUUGAAACUCUAG